AUGCAGCGGCGCCUGCGGCUUCGCUGCGCAGGCCAGAGACCGCAGCUCCCCCGCCUGGGGACCCCCUCCCUUUGGGGGCCCCCCCCCUCUGCUUCUCCAACAGCAGCAGCAGCAGCAGCAGCAGCAGCGGGAAAGGACUGCAGCAAAGGCCCCCGCGGGGCCCCCAACUGCGCAGGCCCUGCUGCAGCAGCAACGCGCCCUCUGUCUUAUAUCUCUCGUCUCUUCCGCAAUUUCCUUCCUGGCUCUGCAGCAGGGGGCCCACCUGAGGGGCCCCUACAGGUAGGGGGGCCCCCCUGGGGCCCCCAGAAGGGUCCGGGGGGCCCCGAAGAGGCCCCAGGGGGCCCCCCGGGGACGCUGCCCGGAGAGCCACCCGCAGCAGCCCCUGCUGCUGCUGCUGCUGAAGCGGGCCUCGCAAAGCUUUCCGGGGCAGCCCUGGGACCAAUACCUGCAGCAGCAGCAGCAGCACGUGCAGCAGCAGCAGCAGCUACUGCUGCGCCUGCUGCUGCUGCGGACGGGGCCCAGCGGCAGACGGAAGCAGCAGAAGGUGCAGCGCCAACAGCACGCUUGCGAGGAGCAGCAGCAGCAGCGCCAGCAGCAGCCACAGCGGCAGUAGCAGCAGCAGCUGCAGCAAACCGCACCGAUGCUGCAGCAGGGCCGCAGCAGGGAUGGAGGAGUGACCGCGGGGGGCCCCCAAGCAGCAGCAUUUUGGUCAGGGGGCCCCUGCUUAGUGGGGGCCCCCCGAGGGGGCCCCUCUCUAGUGGGGGCCCCCGGAGGGGACCCCUGCCGCAGAUCUCUGUUGCUGCUGAAGUUGUUUUGAGGCCCCCGCCGACUUCGCUGCAGCUGCUGCGCGCGCGGCUGCCCGCAGCAGCAGCACCAGCAGCAGCAGCAGCAGCAGGAACAGUAGGCCCCUUCUCAGGCUUUUUGGACAGCAGCGGCAGCAGCAGCAGCAGCAGCGGCGGCAGCAGCAGGGGUCAGUCAGAACUGCCUUUGUUCGGAUUUCGCGCAGGUGGGGCUGAUGACCCUGCAGCAAGCAUGUGCUAUAGCCAGCAGCAGCAGCAGCAACAGCAGCAAGCAGCAGCAAUGGACCUAUUCAAAGGCAGCGCUGCAUUGCUGCAGCAGCAGCCAGUGGUCUUGCCUGACAGUGAGACGGCUAUCUACAGCGCGAGGGUGCAGGAAGCACUGAAGCAGCUGCAGCAACAGCAGCAGCAGCAGCAGCAGCAGCAGCAAGUGCCUCCAGGCAGGAAUCGAAAAGCUGCUGCUGCAGAGAGCCCCACAGGGCCGCAGCAGCCGUCAGUCCAGCUGGCGCUGCAGAUGCUGCGGCAGCAAGCUUCUUCAGGCAAAGUAGCAGCAGCAACAACAACAGCAACAGCAGCAGCAGCAGCGGCCGCAGCAGCAGCAGCAGCAACUGCAGCAGCAGCAGCAGGCGAGCCAUUAAAGAGAAUGUCCCUCAGGAAGGCUGCGCACCUUCAGGAGCAGCUGCAGGAGCAGCUGCAGCAGCAGCAGCUGCUGCUGCAGCAGCAGCAGCAGGAACGGAUCGAAGCUGUUGCACGGGCAGUGCGCCAGUAUGACGCUGUGAGGCUCCCCCCUCCCAUCAGCAGCAGCACCAGCGCCGAUGCAGCAGCAGCAGCAGCAGCAGCAGACCCAGCAGCAACUGAUGUUUUCGGUGACCCGCAGCAAAACCCUGCUGCCGUGCUGCAGUCAGCUCUUGGGGCCCUAGAGGCGAGUGUGCUGCAGGGGGUCUCCACUGCAGCAGCAGCAGCAGCAGCAAAAGGCAGCCCAGCAACAGAAACGAGCCCGACAGCAGCAGCAGCAUCAGAACCAGCCUCAACGGCAACAGCAGCAGCAGCAGCAGCAACCCCAGCAGCAGCAGCAGCAGCUGGCGCUAGCAGCGACUUGCGGGUCGAGCUGCUGAGCCACCUCUCCUGGAUCCGCUGGGCCCUUAAGCGAGUGGGAGUUGCUGCUGUGGGGCCCCUUGAGCUGCUGCUGCAGCGCGCAGCAAAACAGCUGCGGGGCCCCAAGGGGGGCCCCCAGGGGGGCCCCCCGCUGCAGCCUAGGCUGAUCUCUAGGCGGCUGGCGACUCCUUGUCUAUUUGCCCUCAGGGAGUGGGUGGCGCAGCAGCAGCAGCUUGCUGCUGCUGAGCAGCAGCAGCAGCAGCUGCAGCAGCAGGAGGAGGAGGAGGAGCAGCAGCAGCAGCAGCAAGUUGCUGCUGCACUGGCUGAGCUGCUGCACAGAGCAGCAGAAGAGACCUUCCAGAAGCACGGCCUGGCCCUGCCCCGCAUUCAAACCCUCACAAGUCUUUUGCUAGAUGAAGCUUCUGCAGCGCGUUCGCAGCUGCUGCUGCUGCAGCAGCAGCAGCAGCAGCAGGAGCAGCAGCAGGCGCGGGCAGUGCCAGCCGCUGAUGAGGGUGCGGAGCCCACAGAAGGAAAGGCGAAGGAGCAGAGAGCGGCAGCAGCAGCAGCAACAGCAGAUCCAGCAGCAGCAGCAGCAGCAGAAGGCGACGCAGCAGAGCCGGACGCUGCAGCAGCUUAUCUCGAGUCCCUACGUAGCCAAGCUGCAGCACGGAGGCACCAGUUCCUGCUGGACUUUGCUCAGCAGCAGCAGCAGCAGCAGCAGCAGGAAAGCCUGCGUUCAGCGGCAGCAGCAGCUGCUGCACCUCCGCCACUCUCCCUCCUGCACCCAAGCGCCCCCGGGGCCCUCCUAGGGCCCCCCUUAGGGGCCCCCCAGGGGACCCCUAAGGGGGGCCCCCUGGGGGCCCCCAAGGGGGCCCCCAAGGGGGCCCCGGCAGGUUCUGGGGGCCCCCCCGGGGGGACCAUGGGGGCCCUGGACGCAAACAAUAUAACUGUGGCGCUGCUUGCUGCGCAUCUGCAGCAGCAGCCAGAAAGGGUACUGACCCUGGCGAAGGCGCUGCUGGAGGGGCCCCCGGGGGGCCCCCAGGUGACCCUGGGGUCCAGCUUGACUGAGGAGGAGGCGGAGUUCUUGAGUGAUGAGUUGAACUGCCUGCACAGGCUCAGACUCAGCAGCAGAACUGGACUGCAGCAGCAGCAGCAGCAGCAGCAGCAGCAGCAGCAGCAGCAGCAGUGGAGGGCGCCCCCGGUCGUUGCUGUGCUCGGCCAUGUCGACCACGGCAAAACCACCCUCUUGGACGCCCUGCGCAGGUCGAGUGUGGCGUCCACUGAAGCUGGGGGCAUCACCCAGACGGUGAGCAGCAGCAGCUUCAGCCUGCCCUGCUCCGCCCCCCCCCCGCAGCAGCAGCAGCAGCAGCAGCAGCAGCAGGUGACCUGCGUGGACACGCCGGGGCACGCAGCCUUCGCGUCGAUGCGGCGGCGGGGAGCAGCAGCAACAGACAUUGCGCUGCUGGUGGUUGCUGGAGAUGAAGGAGUAAAACCCCAAACUUUGGAAAGUUUGAAAUUAAUAAAAGACAAAAAUAUUCUUUCCAUUGUUGUUGUCACCAAGAUGGACAGGCCGGGCGCCAGCGUCGAACGCGUGAAGAAGCAGCUCGGGGCUCUGGGCGUUGUGAGCUACGAAGACGGCGGCGAUGUCCCGUUUGUGGGCGUGAGUGCGAAAACUGGAGAAGGGCUGGAGGAGUUGGGUGCGGCGAUUUCGCUGCUGGCGGGGUCAUUGGACCAUUUGCUGCUGCCGGGCCCGCCGCCCUGGGGGGCCCCAGGGGGGCCCCCGGGGGGCCCCCCGGGGGGCCUCCCGGGGGCCCCCGCGAGGGGCCUCGUGCUGGACUCUGUAGUGGACCCUAGCCGGGGCCGUCUUCUCCGCGUCAUUGUCCGUUCGGGGUACUUCAGAGAAGGCUCUUGGGUGGCUCUGCCCCGCAGAAGCUUCCAACUCCCCCAGCCCUCCGAUCUCCACCGCCUCAUUCAUUCCUGCAACAGUCACCCGCAGGGCCUCCCCGGGGCCCCCCGGGGGUGGGGCCCCGGGGAGGCCCUGCGGGUGACUGUUGCAGGAAUGAAUGAGGCGGUGGAGAUCGGAGGGCUGGGGGAGUUGGAAGCUUCUGCGGGGCAGCUGGUGAUGCAGACAAAGACGCAGCAGCAGGCAGCAAAGCUUGCUGCUAUGGCGCAGCGGGCCUUGGAGGCGCGGUCCCUGCAGAAGCAGCAGGAAGGAGAAGCGCUGGAGGCCACAGUGUGGCGCGCGGAGCAGCUGCGGCACUCCGGCAGCAGCUUGCUGCCCGAGGUGGCGCUGGUGCUGAAGGCAGCAGACCAGGGCAGUCUGGAGGCAGUGGUCCACUGGUUAGCAGCAAAGAACCAGUGGACCAGGCAGCAGCCCGCGCUGCCUGCUGCAGUGCAGCAGGCGCUGGCCCGGGCCGCAGCCGCAGCAGCAGCAGCAGCCCCGCCAGCAGCAGCAGCAGCAGCGGCGCAGCAGGGGGGGGGGCCCCCGGGCAGCAGCAAAGAGGCGCUGCAGCAGCAGCUGCUGCUGCAGUGGAGGCCCCUUAGAGUGGUCAAGUCCGGUGUGGGGCCCGUCAGCCCCUCCGACGCCAACUACGCCAAACUCACGGGGGCCCUCUUGAUAGCCUUCGGCGUUCCCUUUCUUGAAAACGUUGGCCAGCUGGCGGAGGAGUGGGGCGUGCCCGUGCGGAGCCACAGCGUGGUGUACCGGCUGUUUGAGGACUUGGAGUUGAUUUCGGACUUUCACUUCGGCAGCAAGUUUGUGCUGCAGCAAACAGCUCGUGCUGCAGUGACUCGCGUGGGCUUUUACUCUUUGAAGAAGAAAAAGGGGGGCCCCCAAGUUGUUCUGGGCCUCGAGGUCAAACAGGGGGCCCCCAGCACUCACCACCUUUACUCUUUGAUUCGGGACGGGAAGACACUGGUGGAGGGCCUGAAGGUGAAGUCGAUGCAAAAAAGCAAAGAGGCAGUCUCGAGUUUGCCGAAAGGAAGCCGCGACGGCGCAGUCAUUUUCGACAGCGACUUUGAGGGCUUUCGAGAAGGCGACGUGUUGGUGGCUUUUGAAGAAAAAGAAAAGAAGCCUCCGGCCUUUUUGCCGCAGCAGCAUUUCAUGAAGACUUCUUAA